UUGAUAUAAUAUUGCAACUGUAAUAGUUUAUGUUCGCUGCACGAUUAGCAAGCAAGACCACUCAAAUCCUUCUCUUAAUCCUUCAAGUGUCAUCAAAUCCUUUUGCGUAAGUAAUGAAUUCAAACUAAGGCAAAUAUAAAGACAUGUUGAGUGGGUUAUCGUAUAUUCCACAGCCAAGCUGCUAACAUAUCAAGUCGGACGUAACAUUAUUUAAAUCUUAUAAACAAUGAUCUCACUCCAUGUUGUCAAAUCUGGAUUUCUCUUGAUCUUAUUAAUUCGUAGCAUUUAUGGUUUUUGUCCUGAGUCAAUGCUCGAUGGAUGGAAACAGCUCUCAUUGGCAGAGCGAACAAGACGAGCACAUGUGGUCGCAAUUGGGAAAGCUAUAACAGUAGACACUGAUCCCAUUUUACGAGAUUAUAAAACCGGAGGUUUUAAAUUCUCCAUCAUUCUAAAAGGGCACAAGAUUAUUGAAGAUAUUUAUGCCAAUAGCAGUCAAUCAAUCUUUUACAUUGUCGGAUUUGGUCUCCGUCUUUAUGUAACACAGAGGUCAUUAAAGACGAAACUUAUUUGUUAUUUGCUAAGUUUGUACGAGCAAAAAUGGCACUGCAUGUUUUACUAAACGUCCAGUCUGGUGGUACAGCUUCACCAUCUAUUAAGAAUCAAGAAGAAGUGCUGGCAUCUUUAGGUUGGCAACCUUGGUCUGAAUGGUCCUCGUGUUCAGUCUUCUGCUUAGGGGGAUCACAAAAUAGAACAAGAAUUUGUACAAGUGGAAAUUGUGAAGGGGAGACAAUAUCAAAACGAGAAUGCAAUACUUAUGAAUGCAAUGGUUUAAUAAAUUUGCUUACCUAUUUUCAACCACAAAGAAAUAGUCUCGGCCUCUCACCAUCACACGAAUACGCUCUAGAGUUUAAAACCAACAAAAAUCAAUCAUCAUCAACAAAGACAAUAUUCAGGCAAAGUUUUCCACCCAGCUUUACCAUUUUUGUGGUGACAAAAUACAUCCAUUACACAGAAGGAUACUUGGUGGGAUUUUACGACACAAAUGAAAACCUACAGCUUGGUAUUAAAGUCACACAGUCUUCCAUAGCUUUGCACUAUGUGCAGGCAGGAAAAUACAAUCAUUGGUGGAUGUUUGAUGUCAACAUUAUUGAUAGAAAGUGGCAUCGGUUUGCAUUCAGUGUUGGAGACGGUUUCGUAUCGUUUUAUAUUGAUUGCGAGCUAAUAGGAAGGCAGAAUUUCACACUAAAUAAUGUCGACAACAUUGACCUUAAUGGUACAACUUAUCUAAAUACGGGAGCAUACUCGCCUAGUCAAAAAAAAGAGUUUUAUAUCGAAGAAUUAUCUAUAUCUUAUGACUUCACGACGGGAGAAAAACAGUGCAAGAUAAACAAUCUAUAUGAUACAAAGGAACCAAUCACUGGCUCAGGAGAAGAAGAAAUCGAAUACACUUGGUCAACAUGGACAUCUUGUAGUAAAACUUGCGGUUCAGGGGGAAUAAAACGACGGGUUAAGAUGUGUACAAGUGAUUCUUGGUUAAAAUCAGAACAAGAAUGCCAAGCUUUACUGCAACAAUCAGAUGAAAAAUCAUGUAGUACUAACGUAGCAUGUCCAGGCAAAUGUCGACAGCGAUGUUUGAAUGGUGUUUGUGCUGCUAGAAAUAGAUGUGAAUGCAAAAAGGGUUAUUAUGGUGGGAACUGUCAAAAAAAGAGAGCUUCAUUUUGUAAACAACCAUGUAAAAAUGGCGGUAAAUGUUUAAGAUACAGUAGAACGUGCCAGUGCUUGAAAGGUUAUACUGGAAAAAAUUGUGAAAAAGCAUUGUGUUUUCCACCAUGUUUAAACAGAGGUAUCUGCAUAAAGCCAAAUGUAUGUCUGUGCAAGGCAGGAUAUAAUUUGCCCUUGUGUAAACCUAUAUGUCGACCAAGUUGUUUAAAUAAAGGCAGAUGCAUUUUGCCUGGCAAAUGCCUCUGUGCGAAAGGAUUUUUUGGACAUCGAUGUCAAUAUGCUGCGUGUAAAACAGCAUGUUUAAACGGUGGAGUAUGUUACGGUAGCAACAAAUGUAAUUGUAAAUCUGGAUGGACAGGACCAACUUGUAAUGUUGCAAUUUGUCGUCCAAAAUGCCAAAAUGGAGGAGUAUGCAGACUUCCAAACAGGUGUUCAUGUCCGAACAAGACGAGUGGCACUUUCUGUCAAAAUGUUCAAUGCGAUCCCGUUUGCCUGAAUCAGGGAAGAUGUGUAAAACAAAACGUUUGUCGCUGUUCUCAUAAAUAUUCUGGACUGCGAUGUGCAACACCGGUAUGUCGACCGACUUGCAAAAAUGGGGGCACAUGCGUAGCCCCAAAUCAAUGUGUGUGUCCAUCGGGAUUCUAUGGGAACUCGUGUGAUAGAAGGUACAUGAAAUACAUGAGGUCCUGUAUCUACAAAACACGUGUAGUUCCUCACAAGAGAAUACAAAAUAUUCCCAUUACAAGAAGUUUACACAAAUGGUGCCUUCAUCCAGCAGGAUUGAGACGGUGUAGGGAAAAAAAGACUGAGUAUCGAACUGUAUACAUAACAACUUACCGUACUGUCUAUUACUGCGAAUAAUCAGGCCAAAUGAUGGUUUAAAGUCAUUGCGACAAAGAAUGAAACUUUACUGGAUAUGAAACUCAUCGAACAAAUCGACGCUUCGUGAUAGCCAUCGCAUUAAAGAAAGCACUUCCUAACAGAAAACCAUUAAAUAAUCGCUAGAUUUAAUAUCGAAUCAGAUUUCAAAUAAUUGUAUAAUUGUUGUUCAAAGAUGUAUAUCAAAUAAGUAUUUACAGAAUGUAGCUAUUUUUCAAAAUAACAACAUAUAUUAGACAAAUGUUAAAACGAAGAUUGUUCUGUCAAGCAAACCUCACAAAUAAUGACAAUGAUGAAUCUAUACAAACCACGCUCUCAUAUCGCUUGGAGAUAUUUUGAUUUCUAAUCUAAUAACGAAUGAAAUAGGAUUUUACUAACUUAAAUAACAGCAUUAACUGACAAUGAGUUGCCUAUAAAAACAAAUCAAUUACAGAGUUUGUUAUGUUAAGAGAAUUGUAAAAUGAAGAAGAAAAAUAUCAGGAAAA